AUGCGCCUUUUGCGAAUGAAUAGUGAUGGAACCUUUAGCUUGAUACAAUUUCGCGAGCACGACGUCCCCAGCUACGCAAUUUUGUCCCACACUUGGCGGGGCGAGCAUGAGCCGACAUUCCAAGACGUCAUUGGUUCAACAACAGCGAAGACGAACGAAAACGAUCCGAACUUCGACAAACUAUAUUUCUGUGGAAAACAGGCGAAGAAAGACAGAUUGCAAUAUUUCUGGGUUGAUACCUGCUGCAUCGACAAGACUAGCAGCGCUGAACUAAGCGAAGCAAUCAAUUCCAUGUUUAGCUGGUAUCAGCGCUCUAGUAAAUGCUACGUGCUUCUAACUGACGUUUCAUUACAUUUUGCAAAUAACGAUUUAGACCAGAUACACUCCAAACUACGGCAGAGUCGGUGGUUUACUCGAGGGUGGACAUUGCAAGAGCUUCUAGCAUCUCCUUCAGUUGAAUUCUUCUCGCGAGAAGAGGAACCAUUUGGCUCCAAGAAAUCUUUAGAAAAGCAGAUUUCCGAGAUUACAGGAAUCCCCAUCGCUGCUCUCCAAGGCAAUCCUCUUUCUUACUUUAGUACGGAGGAGAAACUUACUUGGAUGGAAAAGAGACAAACUACACGCGAAGAGGACAGCGUUUAUUCAUUGCUCGGUAUUUUCGAUCUUCACAUGCCGGCAAUGUAUGGGGAAGGAAGACAACACGCACUUCAGCGCCUCCAGUCAGAGAUUGAGAGGCAGUUGGGAAAGUACCCUACCUACAACAAGAAAUCUGAAACCCAACACCCAGUCAAUAAAUGGAUUGUGCCCUUUGAAAGGAACUUUCGUUUCACUGAUCGCGAAUCAGAGCUUGCCGAACUUGAGAGUAAGCUCUUCGCUAACAAUCAAUAUACGCGAAUUGCGGUUUGUGGACUUGGAGGGGUGGGGAAGACUCAGCUUGUGCUGGAGCUCCUUCACCGAGUAAGGCAGAAGGACAAGAGCUGCUCUGCCAUUUGGAUACAGGCUACCAGCAUGGAGAGUCUGGAUCAAGGGUACCAUACUGUUGCUCGGCAGUUGGGAAUCUCCGACUCUGGCGCAAAAGAUGUGGACAUUAAGAAACUGGUCCAAGACUAUCUGAAUGGGGACAGCGCAGGCCAGUGGAUACUGGUCUAUGACAACGCCGACGAUAUCCAAAUGUGGAUCGAUAAAACGGGAUCUAAAACUCAGCAGUCGAGUUGUUUGAUUGACUACAUUCCAAGGAGUAAAGCUGGACGAGUCAUUUUCACGACACGAGACAGAAAGGUUGGUGUCAAACUCGCACAACAGAGUGUGAUGGAAGUUCCCAAGAUGACAGAAAUUACCGCAAUACAUAUGCUGCAAAAUUGUUUAAUCGACAAAGCACUUGUCGACACGAGACCUGGCGAGGCAAGAGCAAUGCUUGCUUGGCUUACCCAUCUCCCGCUUGCGAUCGCCCAAGCAACGGCAUAUAUCAACGAGAAUGGGAUCACAUUGGCGGACUACUUGGCGCUAGUAGAAUGUCAAGAACAAGAAAUUAUCGGCUUACUCACCGAGGAAUUCGAGGACGAUGCGAGAUAUUCUGACUCGAAGAACCCAGUGGCCACGACCUGGCUGAUAUCUUUCCAACAAAUCCAACAACGUGACCCCCUCGCAGCAGAGUACAUGUCUUUUAUGGCUUGUGUUGAUCACAAGAACGUUCCACAGUUUCUCCUCCCGCCAGGGCCCUCGCGGAAGCAGGAGAUGGAUGCUAUUGGGACGUUGGGUGCCUAUUCGUUCAUCACCAGGCGGGCCGAAGAUUCGGCACUUGAUUUGCAUAGGCUCGUGCAGCUCACGAUCCGAAACUGGCUUCGAAAUAAAGGAGCACUUGCUGAGUGGACCCGUAAAGCCGCUGCGCGAUUGGAAGAGGCUUUUCCAGACCAUGAACACAGGAACAGGGCGACCUGGAGGGCAUAUCUCCCCCAUGCACGACACAUCUUGGAGUCCCCGCUGAUCGCAAAGGAUGAUCAGAGCAGGAUGGACCUAGAGUGGAAGAUUGCAUUGUGCUAUUAUAGCGACGGUCGCUUCAACGAGGCAGCGGCCUACUUUCGAGAAGUAAUGGAGUUUCGAACAUCUGUGCUUGGUGCGGAGCAUCCGGAUACGCUGAGAAGUGUUGGAAAGUUGGCUCUGGCUUACCAUGCACAGAGUUUGUUUCCAGAAGCCAAGGCACUUGGACUGAGGGCGAUGGAAGGUCAAAAAAGAAUACUCGGCGAGGAAGACCCAGAGACGCUGUCUACGAUGAGUCACUUAGCCAUGACAUAUAGCGAUCUGUCUCAGUGGAAAGAAGCAGAAGAGCUGGAGCUACGAACUCUGGAACUUCGGAAGCGAGUUCUUUCAGUUGAACAUCCUGACACUCUCGUCGGUAUGAGUAACUUGGUAUAUUUGUACAAUUGCCAAGGUUGGUGGGACGAGGCCGAGAGGCUUGGAAAAGAGACAAUCACGGCGCGCAAGAAAGUGCUCGGCGUUGAGCAUCCCGACACUCUACUAAGUAUAGGGAACCUAGCACACACGUACAACAAUCAGGGCCGGUAUCGAGAAGCUGAAGAGUUACUGGUCCAGGUGAUGAAUAUCCGCAUCAGAGUGCUGGGGGAAGACCAUCCACAUACAUUGAGCGGCAUGAGCAAUCUUGGGGUUAGUUACCACAACCAGGGUCGGUGGGACGAGGCGGAAGUGAUGCAGUCACGGGUUGUAGCGGCCCGGAAAGACCUGUUAGGACCAGAGCAUUUCUCCACUCUGACAAGCAUGGCUCAUCUAUCGUUGACGUACCAUAGCCAAGGUAGACAGACCGAGGCAGAAGAGCUAGGUGUGCAAGUGAUGGAACUGCGCAAGAAGGUCCUCGGCCCAGAACAUCAUCAUACUCUGACGAGUAUGAGCAAUCUUGCAUCUAUUUACUUUAGUGACGGGCAGUCAGCAAAGGCUGAGGAACUGUUGUUACAGGCAUUGGCGAUCCGGAUCAGAGUAAUGGGUAUGGAGCACCAUCACACGCUUACGUGUAUGGAACAACUGGCAGCCAUGUAUAGAAAGCAAGGGCGAUUGGUGGAGUCCGAGGAUUUGGAGACGCAAGUUACGGACGCUCGAAAUAAGGCGAUGUCGUAA